AUGCACAGCCAGGUGAAGCGGUCCAGCUCUUUGGCUGGGAUGAAUCCUGGCGGUGGUGGCAGUGCCUCGAGCCCAGGCGCUACUUGCACGAGCUUCCCAUGGCCCAGGGAUGAGCAGGGUCGCACGGUGCUGCAGUUGAGUGUCUUGCACCGGCACCUACCUUGCGCUGUUCGGCUGUUGGAGGCUGGCGCUGAUGCUGAAGAACUGCGUGAGUGCGAGCAGAGGGACGAGGAAAUCGAUGAGUUGUGUUCUGCGCUGCUUGGUGCCUUUGCUGGCGCAGAGUCCGAUAAGUCGAGGCUUCAGUCGGCGCUGAAGAGUUUGGACCCUGCUGAGCGAAACGUGGCGCGCACCCAGUGGCCAGGGAUUUCUUCGGCGGAUCGUUGUGUGCCAGGCAUCGACGACGACCCCGACGCUGGGGGAAGAACUGGGUGCUUCGUCGUGUCUCUACGAAGCCUCAGAGGUUUCAAGUGGGCAGUGCUGGGUCUGCUGGCUGUGGUUUGCUGCAUAGCUUGA